CAACUUUCGUUGUCGCUUCAAAGAAACACCACCACAACGUCCAAACGCGAACAUGUUUAGGGGGAAGUGUCUCCAAUCAGUAUGUCUUCGUUGCCGGUUGAACUUCCUCACGGUACAGUCACGCAAUUCACCUAGCCGAGCGCCCACCUUACUACCACCAAGUCUACGAUCCCCCCUCAACAGCGUCGCACUCAGACAAGGUCUUCUGCAACGAAGAACAUUCGUCAGCACCACGAAACGAAGCUCAGAGAACCACGAACAGAACUCAGCAACACAAUCAUCGGAUGAUCCAUCACAACCUAUCGUACCGAGCGAUCGUUUAACGAUAGAGGCCAAUGCUCGACAAGCGCGACAGACUUUUGGCGACACACUGCCACGAGGGCAUUUGUCAGAGGAGGAGUUCGUCGUAUACGAGAGACUUUAUGGUCCCCCAAUCUUUGUAGAGCCAGGCAAAGAGGCAGAGAAUUUAGAGGGCUUAGAAGAAGAGAUCAUUGAGCAAGAACUUCCCGACGGAACCACGGUUCUUCUAAGGAAAGGCGAAGAUGGCGAACUGGAAGAGGUAGAAUUGUUCGACGAACCUGAAGAACAAUUUGAAGAAGAGGAAGAUGCCACUGAAUAUAUGACAGAGCAAGAAUGGGAAGAGUUGCGGGAUCAGAAAGAGCAGAGCUACCACGAUGGAAUUUAUGAGAAAACGAGAAUUGGACUGGAGGAUGCUGAAGCCGAAGAGGUCGAAGAAGCUGAAGACGAGGAAUUCAUGCAUUCACAUCCAUUGACCAUCGCAGGUCGAUCUAGACCUUCGCCCUCCACCGUGUUUCUACCCAAGGAAACUCUUGUCGACCCAACCGCCAGUCUUCUGACACGCGCAAACCACAAGCAUCUUGCCGAAUCUGCCAAUCGCAUCUUGGGUGGGAAAAAACUACCAUUCUCAGCCAGUACACCCCCUGCACGCCUCGGUCAUCAGCAGAAACCUAUACCCCUUGAUCCGUCACAAUCCGACAUGGGCAAUAUCGAGGCCGAUGUAUACAUGGCUUCAGUACAACCAGGCACAUAUGCAAGCGUCAUGAGUGCGCUUGUAGAAGUUAGGAAGCGACUGGGUUCGUCCUGGAUAGAUCACAUUUUGAACACGAAAAAGGGCGGUGCAGUCCUGGACGCAGGUUCAGGUGGUGUUGGUAUUCUUGCGUGGCAUGAAGUCCUAAAGGCUGAAUGGGCACGCACACAUGAAGAUUCAGGUGCCUCAUCGCAUGGCGAGGCUCCGCUAGGUAAGGCUACGGUUCUAGCUGGGUCUGAUACACUACGGCAUCGUGCCAGUCGACUAUUAGAGAACACGACUUUCAUUCCCCGAUUACCCGACCUUUCGGCAUCAGAAGAGGAGCUCAAUCCCCAGCAGCCACGUAAGCUGUACGAUCUGAUCAUUGCACCUCACACACUUUGGCCGUUGAGACAGGAAUAUUUGCGCAAGGAACAGGUGGCGAAGUAUUGGUCGUUACUCAAUCCGAAGGGUGGCGUUUUGGUACUUCUGGAGAAAGGAUUGCCGCGCGGUUUCGAGGUCAUUGCCGCUGCUCGUGAACUACUGUUGGAAAAACACAUCGCCUCCCCAGACUCGGAAACAAUAGAAGUCCCUCUUGCUGAACAGAUCGCCAACCCGGAGGAGGACUCAAGAUACUUUGAGAAGGAGACUGGUAUGAUCAUUGCACCCUGUACAAACCACGGUACGUGCCCAAUGUAUCAGUCGCCCGGCAUAAGCAUGGGUCGGAAGGAUUUUUGCUUCUUCAAUCAACGUUACAUUCGUCCUCCCUAUCUCCAGCGCAUCCUCAACGCAACAGACCGCAACCAUGAAGACGUACAGUUUAGUUAUCUCGCCGUUCAACGCGGCCGCGAUCAGCGACUCCCCGAUCAUGAUCUCAUCGGCAAAGGCAUAGUCCAAAACGAGACUGCUACGCUCGCCGCUCUCGAGGGCCACGAAUGGAAAGCAGAAGGGGAACUCAUCACCGCAACUGACGUCAACCCGCUCACUCUCCCCCGCCUCAUUCUCCCAGCCCUCAAGCGCCGCGGCCACAUCAUCCUCGACGUCUGCACUCCGUCCGCCACCAUCGAACGCUGGACCGUUCCGCGAUCUUUCUCCAAACAGGCAUUCCGCGAUGCGCGUAAAUCGCGCUGGGGUGACCUAUGGGCUCUUGGAGCUAAGACGCGCAUUGUUCGAAAUGUGAGGCUCGGCCGUCCCAGGGACGAAUUCGACAAGAAGGGCAGGCGGAUCAAAGCGGCGAAGAAGGUCACUAUCGAGGUUGGCGAUGGUGAUGAUGGUGAAGGAACGCGGGUCAAGAACACAGGCAGAUACUCUAACGACAGGAAGAUCAGGGGAAGUGGCGGUAGAAAGGGAAGGAAGAGACAGCAGGAUUACAACGACGAACUGGACCUGUGA